GAUGGCAUAUUGCAAGUCCUACGUUUUGGUGGCUAUGGUUCACAAGGAAGUGGACUUACCGGCUCGUAUCUUGACCUAGAUGUUUCCUGGACACAGUUCGUCACUGGUCGCACUCCUUUUUAUGUGCCUUCGGAUAACAACCAUGUGACGAUAAUUGGCGACGAGGAAGCCUCAACAACCACGACAUUGGACUAUAAAUAUAGUCUAUUUGCACCAAUGCCGUACCUCGGUCAUGUUGCUUACUAUGCGGUCGCAUCCGUGGAUCAAGGCUUCCAUACUCUUCGCUCUUACGGCCGAUAUACGGCUUAUGUGAGUGGCAACUUGAAUAACACCUCAUAUGGCUUCCUCUUUGCUUACAACAGUUAG